AGCAAACAAAAAAUCACUAAAAAAAUUAUGGGUGUCAAAUAUGGUUUACUUUUCUCAGCAUUAGUGCUACUUCUCCUAGCACUAAAACUAGAAGCAGGGGGAAUUGUAAUUUAUUGGGGCCAAAAUGGGAAUGAAGGUAGCUUAGCUAGUACUUGUGCAUCAAAUAACUAUGUCAUUGUCAAUAUUGCAUUCCUUGUAGUAUUUGGGAAUGGGCAAAAACCAGUAUUGAACUUAGCUGGUCAUUGUGAUCCUAGUGCUGGUGCAUGCACUGGUUUGAGCAAUGAUAUUAGAGCAUGUCAAAGCAGAGGCAUUAAAGUUAUGCUCUCCCUUGGUGGUGGUGCUGGAAGCUAUUACCUUUCUUCUGCUGAUGAUGCCAGGAAUGUAGCAAAUUAUUUAUGGAACAACUAUCUUGGAGGUCAAUCAAAUUCACGUCCACUAGGCGACGCAGUUCUAGAUGGAAUCGAUUUCGAUAUUGAAGGUGGAACAACACAACACUGGGAUGAACUAGCAAGAGCCCUCUCGGGAUUCAGUCGACAAAGAAAAGUAUACUUAAGUGCAGCUCCACAAUGUCCAUUUCCAGAUGCAUGGCUAAAUGGGGCACUCAAAACUGGCCUAUUUGACUAUGUUUGGGUUCAAUUCUACAACAACCCUCCAUGUCAAUACUCUCGAGGGAACGCGGAGAAUCUAAAAAGUUACUGGAACAAAUGGACCGCGAAUAUUCAAGCUGGAAAGAUUUUUCUAGGAUUGCCGGCAUCUCCAAGAGCAGCUGGAAGUGGUUUUAUACCGUCUCGUGUUCUUGUUUCUAAGGUUCUACCAGCAAUUAGUGGUUCGCCAAAGUAUGGGGGUGUUAUGCUUUGGUCUAAAUUUUAUGACAAGGGUUAUAGCUCUGCUAUAAAGCCCAUAGUCUGAGAUAUAUGGCCAUAUAUAGUGGGUCAUCUUGUAUUAAUAUUAUGAAUAAUGUAAUAUAGUACUGAAUAAAGAGGCUUUCACAGUUCUUGUUUUAUAUGUAGUCUUGAGAUAUAUGGCCAUAUAUAGUGGGUCAUCUUGUAUUAAUAUGAUGAAUAAUGUUAUAUAGUA